UUUCACUCAUGAAGAAGCUUGCACAACCACUGACGUCAAACGUGAUGACAAGGUGGCGCCACAGUGUGGCAGGCUGCCACACGUCAACGGUGUUCCAAACAAAUCAAGCCAUACCAUGUGUCGAUCAAGUAAAGAGUUCUGAACACUUAUGCAAAAGCCAAAAGUUGAUGCUAGAGCUGGGGCUCAUUGCUCCGUCCAGCCCCGGCUGUCUGCAUCUCCUCCCCGGCGCCGUGCGCGCGCUGGAGAAGCUAUGUCGGCUGAUCGACCACGAGAUGCGCGCCAUCGGAGGCAGGAAGAUCGACAUGCCGUCGCUCGCCGUCGCACAGCUGUGGAGAGCAUCAGGGAGAUGGGAAGCGAUGGGGCAAGAGUUGUUUCGAUUCAAGGAUAGACACGACACUGAUUACUGUCUUGCACCGACUCACGAGGAGGUAGUUACAAGUCUAGUCGCUUCACAGGGAACCAUGACCUACAAGUCCUUACCUCUCCGUCUCUACCAGAUUACAAAGAAGUUUCGGGAUGAGAUGAAACCGCGAUUCGGUCUCUUGAGGGGCAAGGAGUUUUACAUGAAAGACAUGUACAGCUUUGAUGCAAGUGAAGAAAGUGCCAAAGAAACAUAUGAGGCUGUGUGUGAGGCAUAUGCAAAUCUGUUCCAAAAGCUCAAACUAACGUAUGUAAAAGUGUUGGGUACGACCGGUAACAUCGGUGGCAGUGUGUCGCACGAGUUUCACCUACCUGCAUCUAUAGGGGAAGAUGCACUCUAUCUGUGUCAAAAGUGUUCAUAUCAAGCGAAUGCAGAAGUCUUGGAUGCCGGCGUUGUCAACCCGGCGUGUCCGUCGUGCGGCGACUCCCUGCGCAGUACGCCUGGCAUCGAGGUGGGGCACACCUUUCUGCUGGGAACGAAGUAUUCAAGUACUUUCGGUGCGAGCUAUCUCAACAGACACGGCAAACCCAACUUGCUUCAGAUGGGAUGCUUCGGACUGGGAGUGAGCCGGAUCCUCGCAGCAGCCGUCGAGGUGUUGUCAACAAACAGCGAGCUAAGAUGGCCGACUUCCAUCGCCCCCUACCAAGUGUGCGUCAUUCCACCGAAGGCAGGCAGUAAGGAGGCUCAUGCAUCCCUCAUGGCUCAGCAUCUAUAUCAGCAACUCUCAUCCUUACCACAUUUAAAUGGAGACGUGCUAUUGGAUGACAGAGGUCACCUGACCAUCGGCAGACGUCUCCAGGAAGCCACUCGACUAGGUUUUCCCCAUGUGGUCAUCUGUGGCAAGAAGUCAUUGGAGGCUAUUCCAUUGAUAGAGGUGCAUCGGACAUAUUACGAUGAACCACCAAAAUUCAUGACCCACAGAGAAUUAUUCGACUACAUGGAAGCUAGCUAGCGGCUACCAUUGAACACUGCGAAUAGAUUAGAACAUCAGACGACAAAUCUAGAUAGAAUUAGGAUGCUCUCUAUGAGUAAAUUACGUAUACGUAGUCAUUGAUGGUACCUGGUACAUUGCAUUGUAUUGUAUGCAUAUU